AUGUGCGACCUGAUGCCAGCCUCCCAGCCCCCGGAGAAAAUCGGCAAAAUGAAAAAGUUGAGGAGAACUUUGUCGGAGAGUUUCAGGAGUAUUGCUUUCAAGAAAGAGGACAGCGGCUUUGAUGAGAUAUGUGUCACAAAGAUGUCCACACGCAGCUGCCAGGGAUCGGACUCGGUCAUCAAGCCCCUGGACACAAUCCCUGAGGACAAGAAGGUGAGAGUGCAGCGCACGCAGAGUGGCUUCGACACGUUUGAGAAGCCAGCCAGCCAGGUGAAGAGGGUCCACUCUGAGAACAAUGCCUGCAUCAAUGCCAAGGGCUCGUCCGCCGGCAAGGAGUCGCCCAAACUGCGCCGCCACUCCAGCCCUAGUUCUCCUACAAGCCCCAAGUUUGGAAAGGCUGAUUCCUAUGAGAAGCUGGAGAAGCUGGGAGAAGGAUCAUAUGCUACAGUUUACAAAGGAAAGAGCAAGGUGAAUGGGAAACUGGUGGCUCUGAAGGUGAUCCGUCUUCAAGAGGAGGAAGGGACGCCCUUCACGGCCAUACGAGAAGCAUCUCUUCUGAAAGGCCUGAAGCAUUCCAACAUCGUGCUCCUCCACGACAUCAUCCACACCAAGGAAACCCUGACUCUGGUCUUCGAAUAUGUGCACACAGACCUGUGUCAGUACAUGGACAAACACCCCGGGGGGCUCCAUCCAGACAAUGUGAAGCUGUUCCUGUUUCAGUUACUGAGAGGCCUGUCCUACAUCCACCAGAGGUACAUCCUUCACCGAGACCUGAAACCACAGAACCUGCUCAUCAGUGACACUGGAGAGCUCAAACUUGCUGACUUCGGCCUGGCCAGAGCCAAGUCGGUCCCCAGCCACACCUACUCCAACGAGGUGGUGACCCUCUGGUACCGGCCUCCAGAUGUCCUGCUGGGAUCCACGGACUACUCCACCUGCCUGGACAUGUGGGGAGUGGGCUGCAUUUUCAUUGAGAUGAUCCAAGGAGUGGCUGCCUUUCCAGGGAUGAAGGACAUCCAGGACCAGCUGGAGAGGAUAUUCCUGGUCCUCGGCACCCCGUCAGAGGACACCUGGCCGGGCGUUAACUCUUUGCCUCACUUCAAACCAGACCGCUUUACAGUGUACAGCGCUAAGAAGCUCAGACAAGCGUGGAAUAAGUUGGGCUACGUGGACCAUGCCGAGGAGUUGGCUUCCAGGUUCCUCCAGUGCUUCCCAAAGAACCGGCUGUCGGCCCAGGCGGCGCUGAACCACGAGUACUUCAGCAACCUUCCUCCACGGCUCUGGGAGCUGCAGGACAUGUCUUCUAUCUUCACCGUACCAAAUGUCAAGCUGCAGACAGAGAGCGGGGACAGCAUACAGGUGUGUGCACGAAGGAACAGCCAUGGAAAGGCAUCCUCUGGCAGCAAACACUGACCUGAGGCAGCAUCCUGCACACGGAUGCCUGACAGGUGGCUGUUGUAAAAAAAAAAAAAAAAAAAA